UCCGGUGCGUGUGCGCCGUUCGCCGCCAUCUUGUAUUAUUUAAUUCGAAGCCUCAAUACAGGUGCUUUAAGUUUUGUGUUAUUUAUAACAAAUAUUUAACAAUUAUAUUUAAAACUAAUUGUUAAUUACUUUUAAAAGCGGUAUCGUUUUAUUUUAAAUCAAAUCGUGUAAGUGUUGUUAACAAACUGUGAACUUAUUUGGAUGUUAACUUAGUAUAUGGUUGUGAGGAGAAUGCAGUGAUCAAUACAUUAAUUUGUAAAUACGAAAUUAACUAAGUGUUUAGUGGAGUUCGUAAAUAAAUGUACAUAGUUUUGUAUAAGUGAUUGAAUGAUUACAGUUAGAUGUGUUUGUGAUGUGGUUAUAUGACUCAGAACAAAUGAAGCGACGGAGGCCACGUAUCUUAAACACAUCUGUUCAAUGAAUUUAAAUACAAUGAUUUUUGUUAUUGGCAUAAUAGCAGGAUGCAUUGCGCUGGUGACGUCACAAAUGCCACCUGGCUUCAGCUUGCCGGCCAUAACACACGUGGAUCGCAACUGGUUCGCGAUGUCCACUGACCCCAUCGGUUCUGUAGUUACGAAGGUUCAUAGAGAACGUACUGGUUCGCGGGCUGUGACGUACGGACUGGAAACAAGUGGACCACCUUCCCCUUUCAAAAUUGAUCCAAUCACUGGAGUCGUUACCGUCAAUGAUACAUUAAAGGAUAAAGAAAAUCGGUCUUACUCCCUGUGGGUGACGGCUUUCGAUGGUUCUUCAAUUCCACAGAGAACAGAAGUAUUAGCUACAAUAACAGACAAUACGGGCUCAAGGCCAAAUGUACCUCGUCCACCGCCAUUCGCUCUAUCGAGCUACCCAACAGCACCACUACCACCAAAGUUUACUAGAACUACACACAGCACAACCAAAGCCGCAGAACCAUUUAUUGCAGAAGUAACAGUACCUGAUAUAACAACAACUACUUUAAGGCCAAUUGAAAAAGUUGAAAGUGAACCGCAUGAAGAUAAAAUAGUUGAAGCGGAUGAAACGAAACGUAAUAGUUCAAAGAUACCAGUUGAAGAAACGCCCAUCGGAAAUGAAGUCCCAUUAACUGUGAUACCUCUCGUAGCAAUCGGUGGACUGGUAGCAGUUGUAGCUGGAGUCAUAAUUUUUGUUUGGAAGAAGAACGGUGGAAAGAAAAAGAAAACCGAAAAAGAUGACAUGAGCAAAGACUCAAGUGGCAUCGUGCUCCAAGAUUCACAUGCUCUCAACAUGUGGGACCGUCCUCGUGCAUAUUCAAAUCGUUAUGAGUCAUGGGAUAAUAACCAUUUGCAGCUGUCUGAAGAAACGACAAUAAGUAAAGAAGAGCCUCGUGAUGAAUGGGAGUUUCCUAGACAUCGAAUAAGGAUAUUCAAUAUUGUUGGAGAAGGCGCCUUUGGCCAAGUUUGGCGCGCUCAAGCUAUUGAUAUUGAUGGUAAGAAAGGCGAGCAGACCGUGGCUGUGAAGACAUUAAAAGAAAACGCUUCGGAAAAAGAAAAAUCUGACUUAUUACAAGAAUUAACUGUUAUGAAGAAUUUAGGAACACAUCCCAAUGUCGUCAGACUUAUAGGAUGCUGUACGGAAAAGGAACCGACUUUUGUGAUAAUGGAGUUCGUGAGCCUGGGUAAGCUGCAACAGUUCCUUCGCGACUCAAGAGCUGAACGUCACUAUGGAAACACACAUGGUGGUAGUCAAUUUCUUACCUCACGGGACCUGACACACUUCGCUUUUCAAGUUGCCAGAGGAAUGGACUUCUUGAGUUCCAAAGGGAUAAUACAUAGAGAUUUAGCGGCUCGAAAUGUACUUAUCACGGAAGAGAGAACGUGUAAAGUGGCGGAUUUCGGCUUUGCGAGGGAUGUAGCUGGAACACAUGUUUAUGAACGUAAAAGCGAUGGACGCUUGCCAAUAAGAUGGAUGGCACCAGAGUCAUUGUAUGAUGAUAUAUUCAGCGUGAAAUCGGACAUUUGGAGUUUCGGUGUACUUCUAUGGGAAAUCGUUACACUGGGCUCUACUCCUUACCCUGGCUUAUCAGCGGGGGAUGUCAUGAGGAAGGUACGAGAAGGUCAUCGCUUAGAAAAGCCAGAACAUUGUCGUCGCGAACUGUACAAUAUAAUGUACUACUGCUGGGAAGCGGAACCAACGUCACGUCCGGACUUCAAGGAAGUGGUGGGCAUGUUGGAGCGGCUGCUGUGCACAGAAAUGGAUUAUAUCGAACUGGAGCGCUUCCCGGACCACUCGUAUUACAAUGUACAGCAUCUGGAUGGAGAGAAACUAUAACGUUUUAAUUUAUGAUACUUGAUUCAAUAUGUCGACUCGAAAUUUAAUUUGAAAGUAUCAAAUAUACUAUGAUGUGACGUUGUAAAAAUUUGAACGAUAUGAAUCAUUGUUUAUAUUGUAGUAAUCUGUAUAUAAAAGCUGAAUACCAAGUGAUUAGCUUAAUGCAAGCUAAGAAGAAAUCUACAAAAAAUGACACCGUAACGCUCGCUUACAAAUAGUACGUAUUGUUAAAUGUAUAAAUAUAUUGAAAAAAAAUGAUGACAAUUAAUAUUUUGAUUUGUUAAAUUAAUGUAUUAUUAAGUAAUAGAAGAAACUGUUCCCAGGCUACAUACGGAUGCAUAACUAAAAAAAAUUAAAAUAAAAACAAUUAUUUGUUAUAAAGAGCGCAAAUAAUAUAAUUCUCUUAUCAUUAUAUUUAUUUUUUUUGAAACAUUUGAUGUUAUUUACUUUUUAAUUAAUAGUAACAGAUAUUUAUUUUAUUUAUAUACACACACUCGGUAAUAAGAUAGACUAUACACACACACACACACACAUAUAUAUAUAUGUGUGUAUGUGUGUGUGUGUAAUAUAUAUAUAUAUAUAUAUAUAUAUAUAUAUAUAUGUGUGUUUUUAAUAUGAUGUAUAACUACAAACUGAGGUUAUAUAUAAUUUUCUUAUACAUAAUAAAUUAUUAUGUAUAAGGAUAGAUUUUGUACGUUUGUGCGCUUCUACCUCUCACUUGUCUAUCUUUUUUAUUUUCCUUUUUGGGUGUGCUGGAAGAAAUUCAUGGGGUAAGACCUUAGUUCCCUUAUGUCACUUUUUUUAAUUUGAAAAAGUUGAAUAAUUAAUACUAUUAAAUAAAAUCUAUUAUAAAAUAUGGCCGCGGAUCGGCAAGCGCAGCGUAGGGCGCUCUUCAACUGGAUGCGGAAGGCGGAGGACAGGGAGCACCUUGGGAGAGGCCUAUGUUCACUAUGUUCAGCAGUGGACAAAGAUUGGCUGCUGAUUGAAAUAAAAUCUGAGAUUAUUUAGUAUGUGACGCUCUUAUAAUUAUUCUAAGUAGCUACUAGUCCUUUAUAAUGUAGUAUUUGAUCAGGAUUAUCGAUUAAAUACAUAAGAUUUUAUUAAAAAGGUUGUAUAUAAAUUGUAUUAAGGUAUAAUACAUUCUUGGUAAUAAAUGUUGUUAAAAUUA